CCCUUAACCUUCACCUCAAUCAUUCUGUUCUACGCCAUUCUUGAUGCCAACGCCAUCGUCCAGCACCUGAAGCUCUCCAUUGCGGAAACUCUCAACAUCUACUACCCUUUCUCCGGCUGGACCAGACCCGCCAAUGUCAUCAUCGACAGGUUCGACGAGGACUUCCCUUUCACCCACGCCCGAGUCGAUUGCCGCAUCGCCCAUUUCCUGAAACGCCGCGAGACAGAGCUUUUGAACCGCCUCCUCCCCCGACAGCCAUUCCAGAGAAAGCCCAAAAACACGGCCUCCCCUGUUCUCGAGUUUCAUGCCUCUAUUCUAUCUUGCGGCGGGGUCGCGCUGGGUUGGGCGUGCUCGCACCAGCUGGUCGACGCCGCCAUGAUGCGAUCCUUCCUGAAAACCAUCUGCGUCGUGUCUCGCGGCGAUCCGGAUGGCGUCGUUCGUCUCGAUUUUGCCGUGAAGGCUCGGCUGUUCCUGCCGAGGGAACCCUCCCCUGAAAAUAACCUCAAUCUGAUGGAAACCCUCUAG